AUGGCUUCCCACCAGGACAAGGCUAGCUACCAGGCCGGCGAGACCAAGGCCCGCACCGAGGAGAAGACUGGGCAGGCGAUGGGGGCGACCAAGGACACGGCGCAGCACGCCAAGGAGACCACCAAGCAGAAGGCGUCCGACACCGGCAGCUACCUGGGCCAGAAGACCGAGGAGGCCAAGCCGAAGGCCGGCGAGACCACGGAGGCCACCAAGCAGAAGGCCGCCGAGACGACGGAGGCCGCCAAGCAGAAGGCCGGCCAGACGACGGAGGCCACCAAGCAGAAGGCCGGCGAGACGACGGAGGCCACCAAGCAGAAGGCCGCCGAGACGACGGAGGCCGCCAAGCAGAAGGCCGCCGAGGCCACGGAGGCCGCCAAGGACACCGUCGUCUCCGGCAAGGAGAAGUCCGGCGGCGUCAUCGAGCAGGCCACUGAGCAGGUGAAGAGCGCGGCGGCGGGCGCCAAGGACGCGGUGAUGAACACGCUGGGGAUGGGCGGGGACAACAGCAAGCAGGGCAACACCAACACCAACAGCAAGGACUCCUCCACCAUCACCAGGGAUCACUAG